ACUAGCUUCAGGCAGACCCAUCUCCUACUUCAAUCUCCUCUCAUUACCUUCCUGCAGUAAGCCUUGCUGAAGCAGAGAUGGUCACCACUUACUAGCUUCAGGCAGACCCAUCUCCCACUUCAAUCUCCUCUCAUUACCUUCCUGCAGUAAGCUUUGCUGAAGCAGAGAUGGUCACCACUUACUAGCUUCAGGCAGACCCAUCUCCCACUUCAAUCUCCUCUCAUUACCUUCCUGCAGUAAGCUUUGCUGAAGCAGAGAUGGAGCCAACAAGAACCUCAGUCCCUUUGUUCAUGUGGGCUCUGUUAGCUGUUUUAGUUUCUCAGAACUUAGUUAUUCCUGUCAUGUCCACAAACUUUGAAGAUCAAAGGCACUACUACUCCCCCAGCCCACGUACCGGAGAUCCACAUAAGAGUCCUUCACCAUCCCACGGCUCUACACCCUCACAUGGAAGCAGUGGCAGCUACAACCCUACACCUUCAACACCUUCAAUUGGCAUAGGUGGUGGUGGUGGAUACUACUCCUCCCCUCCAAGUUCCGGCAGUGGUGGUGGUGGUGGAUACUACCCCUCUCCAAGUUCUGGCAGUGGUGGUGGUACUAUUCCAAGUGAUCCACAUAGGGGUCCUUCCCAUGGAACUUCGCCAGACGGCUCUACACCCUCACAUAGAAGCGGUGGGAGCUACAACCCUACACCUUCAACACCUUCAACCGGCGGAGGUGGUGGUAGUGGUGGAUACUACCCCUCCCCUCCAAGUUCAAGCAGUGGUGGUGGUGGAUGUUCCCCCUCCCCUCCAAGUUCAGGCAAUGGUAGUGGUGGAUACCACCCCUCUCCUCCAAGUUCAGGCAGUGGCAGUGGAUACGACCCGUCCCCUCCAAGUCCUGGCAGUGGUGCUGGUGGUGGAUACUAUCCCUCUCCUCCAAGUUCUGGCAUUGGUGGUGGUACUCCUCCAUCCACUCCAACUGUUACCCCAACAAUUCCUGUUGUCUCCCCACCAUCAACACCACUGUUUCCUGAUCCCAAUAUACCCAUCAUUGGUACAUGCAAUUUCUGGAGGACGCACCCAGGGCUUGUAUGGGGUCUCCUAGGCUGGUGGGGUACAGUGGGAGGUGUGUUUGGUGUCGCCGCUACCCCGGCAUAUGGGACGAACUUAAGCUUGCAGCAGGCACUAGCCAACACGCGCAGAGAUGCGACUGGUGCACUCUACCGAGAAGGAACAGCUUCCUUCCUCAACUCCAUGAUUAACAAUAAGUUCCCUUUCACCACCAGGGAAGUGAAGGACAGUUUUAUUAGGGCACUUGCGUCCAACAAAGCUGCAGCAGCCCAAGCAGAGCUCUUCAAGCAAGCUAAUGAGGGACGACUCAAGCCCAGAACUUAGAGAACUCAUUUUUCUCUAGGUUUUUACAGAUUUUCUGCUAGUGUUCUUUAGGGGUGUUUGGAUUUUUAUUUGGUACUGUUAGUCACCAGGACGGGUCUAUGUUAAGCUAGUUUUUUAUGACUACCUCGUUUUAAGGACAUUUAAGUUGUAUUUGAUAAAUCUCUCCGCCAUCCUUGGAGACAUUUACGAAAUCAAAAUGACACAAGCGCUUCGGAAAAAAAAAAAAGAAGAUUGUAUCUGAUAAAGACAUCAUCCUUCGAUUACUAUGUCUAGGGUGUCAAUCAGUCGGGCCGGGCCGGGCUUGGCGAGCCUGUACCCUUGGAUUGUGACCUGCCUAUUUAAGGAAUAGGUCGAGCUCGGUCGGGCAUGGUCAGGCUCUGUAAGGGGGACAGAUGGGCCUCGCAGAGUGAUGUCUCCAAACAUGUCUAGCGACUAUGGGGAUGGGGAAAGUAUGAUUUUUGGAGUUGCCACCUAGGAUUCAAGGCCUAGAACCCUGUUGUGGAGCUCGAUUCCGAUCAAGGGAUCGAGCUCAAAUAAGGGAUUGGAUUACUAUGAAAAUAUGGAAAUAUCCCAUUCCGUAUGCAGCGGUUUUGUACAGAUCAUGCAGAGUUUCGAGAUUUUGUUUGGUCUUCUUGGGAAGUCCCUUCGAAAGGAACGCUUAUCUA